CUUGCAACAAUGGCAUCUAGAACCAAAACUGGUUUGAUGGAGACUCCUCGUAGUAAACCAUCACCACCACCUCCUCGACUGAGUAAACUCUCUGCUUCUAAAUCCGAUGGCAAUUCGGCUUCCCCGGUGCCAAAUACUCGUCUUUCCCUUGACCGUUCUCCUCCAACAGUUAACUCAAAGCCUACUCCUGACCGGCGACCUUCUCGGAUUCCUACACCCGAGAAAGUGCAUUCACGGUUGGUAAAAGGAACGGAGCUGCAGACUCAGUUGAAUCAAAUUCAGGAGGAUUUAAAGAAAGCUGAUGAGCAAAUAGAAUUGCUCAAGAAAGAUAAAGCUAAAGCUAUAGAUGAUCUUAAAGAAUCCGAGAAACUUGUAGAAGAAGCCAAUGAGAAACUCAGAGAAGCAUUGGCAGCUCAGAAACGAGCUGAGGAGAGUUUCGAGGUUGAGAAAUUCCGAGCUGUUGAACUGGAACAGGCUGGACUUGAAGCUUUUCAGAAAAAGGACGUAACUUCGAGAAACGAGCUAGAGUCUAUUAGAAGCCAGCAUGCGUUGGACAUCUCAGCUCUCCUCUCUACCACAGAAGAACUCCAGAGGGUAAAACAUGAAUUGUCUAUGACCGCUGAUGCUAAAAACAAGGCGCUAAGCCAUGCUGAGGAAGCGACAAAGAUUGCUGAAAUCCAUGCUGAGAAGGCUGAGAUUCUUUCUUCUGAAUUAGGCCGGUUAAAGGCAUUACUCGGUUCAAAGGAAGAAAAAGAAGCUAUUGAAGGUAAUGAGAUAGUGUCUAAACUGAAGUCUGAGAUUGAAAUGUUGAGAGGGGAGCUUGACAAAGUUAGUAUCCUUGAGAGUAGUGUGAAAGAGCAAGAAGGAUUAAUCGAACAGCUUAACGUUGAUCUUGAAGCUGCUAAAAUGGCUGAAUCUUGUACUAAUAGCUUAGCAGAAGAAUGGAAGAACAAGGUUUGCAUUGCAAAAGAAGAGGCUUCUAAGAUGGAAAAACUUGUUGAAUCAAUAAAAUCUGAGCUUGAGAUCUCCCAAGAGGAAAAAACUAGGGCCUUGGACAAUGAAAAGGCUGCAGCAUCAAAUAUUCAGACUCUAUUGAAGGAAAAGACAGAGCUUUCAAUAGAAUUGGAACGUUGUAAGAUGGAAGAAGAGAAGAGCAAGAAAGAAAUAGAGAGCUUGACGUUGGCCUUGCAGGAAGCAUAUACUGAAGCAAGUGAAGCGAAGGAAAAGUUCUUGGCAUGUCAAGAGGAACUCAAGAACUGUGAAUCCCAGGUUGACAGUUUGAAGGUGGCUUCAAAGGAGACAAAUGAAAAGUAUGAGAAAAUGCUUGAGGAUGCUAGAAAUGAAAUUGAUAGUCUGAAAAGUACUGUAGAUAGCAUCCAGAACGAGUUCGAGAACUCUAAGGCUGGGUGGGAACAGAAAGAACUUGAUCUGAUGGGUUGUGUGAAGAAAUCAGAAGAAGAAAAUUCGUCUUCUCAGGUAGAAGUAAGCAGGCUGAUGAAUUUGCUCAAAGAGAGCGAAGAAGAUGCACAUGCUAGGAAGGAGGAAGAAGCCUGUCUUAAAAAUAAUCUCAAAGAAGCUGAGGUGGAGGUAAAGUAUCUGCAGGAAACACUUGGAGAAGCAAAAGCCGAAAGCAUGAAACUGAAAGAGAGCUUGUUGGACAAAGAAGAAGAGCUAAAGAAUGUCAUGGCAGAAAACAGCAGCCUCAGAGAAUGGGAAGGUUCUGUACUUGAGAAAAUUGAGGAGUUGUCAAAGGUAAAGGAAAGCUUGGUUGAUAAAGAAAGCAAGCUGCAGAGCAUUACUCAAGAAGCUGCGGAGCUGAAAGGAAGGGAGGCUGCUCAUAUGAAGCAGAUUGAGGAGUUGUCGAUGGCGAAUGGAAGCUUGGUUGAUAAUGCAACCAAAUUGCAGAGCAUUAUUCAAGAAAGUGAGGAUCUCAAAGAAAAGGAAGCUGGUUAUCUUAAGAAGAUUGAGGAGUUAUCAGUAGCAAAUGAGAGCCUGGUUGAUAACGUAACAGAUCUACAAAGCAUUGUUCAAGAAAGUAAGGAUCUCAAAGAAAGGGAGGUUGCUUAUCUUAAGAAGAUUGAGGAGUUGUCAGUUGCAAAUGAGAGCUUGAUUGAUAAAGAGACCAAACUGCAGCACAUUGAUCAAGAGGCUGAGGAGCUCCGAGGAAGGGAGGCUGCUCAUUUGAAGAAGAUUGAGGAGUUGUCAAAGGAAAAUGAGAACUUGGUUGAUAAUGUAUCCAAUAUGCAAAACAUUGCUCAAGAAAGUAAGGAUCUCAAAGAAAGGGAGGCUGCUUACCUUAAGAAGAUUGAGGAGUUGUCAACAGCGAAUGGGAGCUUGGCUGAUAACGUAACCAAUCUGCAGAAAAUAUCUGAAGAAAGUAAGGAGCUCAGAGAAAGAGAGGCUACAUUACUUAGGAAGACAGAGGAGUUGUCAGAAUUGAAUGAAGGCUUAGUUGAUAAAGCGUGCAAAUUGCAAACAGUUGUUCAGGAAAAUGAAGAAUUGAAAGAAAGAGAGACUGCUUAUCUUAAAAAGAUUGAGGAGUUGUCAAAGUUGCACGAAAUCUUAUCUGAUCAAGAAACCAAACUCCAGAGUUCUAUUGAUGAAAAAGAGGAGCUCAAAGAAAGGGAGGCUGCUAUCCUUAAGAAGAUUGAGGAGUUGUCAAAGGUGCAAGAGGAUCUUCUUAAUAAAGAAAAUGAGUUGCAUGGUAUGGUCGUGGAGAUUGAGGACCUUAGAUCCAAGAACUCUGUUGCCCAAAAGAAGAUAGAAGAGUUAUCAAAUUUUAAUGCAAGUUUGCUCGUUAAAGAGAAUGAGUUGCAGGCUGUCGUCUGCGAGAAUGAGGAACUGAAGUCCAAGCAGGUUUCAUCACUAAAGACGAUAGACGAGCUGUCAGAUCUGAAACAAAGUUUGAUUCACAAGGAAAAGGAGCUGCAGGCUGCAAUUGUUGAAAAUGAGAAGCUCAAGGCUGAAGCAGCCUUGUCCCUCCAGAGGAUUGAAGAGUUGACAAAUCUUAAACAGAGUUUGAUCGAUAAGCAGAACGAACUGCAGGGUGUCUUUCAUGAAAACGAGGAGCUUAAGGCCAAGGAGGCUUCGUCUUUGAAAAAGAUUGAUGAGUUGUUACAUCUUGAGCAAAGUUGGCUUGAAAAGGAAAGUGAGUUUCAAAGAGUUACUCAAGAAAACCAAGAGCUUAAAUCGCAGGAUGCUUUAGCAGCAAAGAAAAUAGAGGAGUUGUCGAAGCUGAAAGAGAGUUUACUUGAAAAAGAAACUGAGCUAAAAGGCAGGGAAGCUGCCGCCCUUGAGAAAAUGGAAGAAUCAUCAAAGCUUGGAAACGGUGAGCACACCAGCAUCGGAAAAGAUUAUGACUUGGUUCAGUUUUCGGAAGUAAAUGGGCCUAGUAAUGGGGAGGAAAAGGCAAAGACUGGCCAUUUUCAACACAGAAGCAGAGAGCAUAUGACACAAGAAAGUCCAAUGGAAGCAAUUGAUAAACAUUUGAUGGGUGAAAGAGCAGCAACUCAUACGGUAGGUCACGGAAUUGAAGGAGAAGGGAAUGCAGAGAAAGACCGUGUGGAGUCUGAAUUCAAGAUGUGGGAUAGCUACAAGAUAGAAAAAAGCGAAGUAUCUCCAGAGAGAGAGACCGAACUCGACUCUGUGGAAGAGGAAGUUGAGUCGAAAGCAGAAGGCAGUGAGAACAUGGAUCAGUACAGCAAUGGCUUUUCUUCAACAGACCACACUGAAGAUUCCGGAAAUCUGCUCUUAAAGGAACAACAUAUGAAGAAGAAGAAACCCUUGCUCCGGAAAUUCGGAAACCUGCUUAAAAAGAAGAGUACAAGCAGCAGCAGUCAAAAGUAGAGGAAGAUGAUCUCUUUACAACGGGGCUUUCUUGGUUUAUAUUCAUCGUCUUAAAAUUUCUUACGAGCAUAGCUCUAUAUAUUUGAUCUAUGCUUCCACAUGGCUACCAAAUCAAGAUUUAGAUUGUCU